AUGUCAAGUGAAAGACUCAUCACCCAAAUAUUACCCCCUAAGGCACAAAAUACAUACUUCCGCGUCCUAAUCGACGGCAAUUUAGCAGGCAACGUUUUUGCUGUCCGCUGGCAGCACAAAGAUCUUUCUAUCCUGUGGAUUACACAGCUCUGCGUAGAUGGCAAAUGUAGAAAUCGGGGGGUGGCUAAAAGGAUGCUCGGACAUUUAAAAGGGGAAGAAGAAAUGGUGGGGAUUUUUUCCAGUCAUCCAUUUGCGUUGAUGGCUGUUUUGAGGGUUUGGGGGAGGGGAGUAGAAGAUGUUGAUAGGGAUUUGGAGAUGAUGAAAGGAACUGUGAAGGGGGUGAUGGAGGGGUGUCCGGUAGGGUAUGUGAAGGAGGCGAAAUUGAGAGGUUCGCUGUUCGGAGAGGGGGGCGGACGAGCAGUGGCGUGUGCCGAUACGCAGUUUUGGGUCGAUCAUGAGGAGCCGCUUGAGGCGUUGAGGAGAGUAGAGGAGAAGGGUCUUGUUUGGCCUUGUGGAGAGUUACCUGAUGGUUGUGAAUUUGUGGCAUUGGUGGAUGCUAAUUACGGUGACUAG